AUGACUUCUUCCUCAAAGAACUUUGCUCUCGUCAUCACCCUAGUUUUCUCAACCAUCAAUAUGAGCUUCGGAGCUCGUCAACUGCUUCAAACAACUAUGCCAUCAAUACCGUCUCUUCCCACCAUACCAGCUUUACCAACGCCGUUGCCUCCGCUACCGGCCAUGCCCACAUUGCCAAAGGUCGCCAUGCCGCCAUUGCCUGUCAUCCCCACGACCCUACCUCAGCCCACACUGCCGACGCUGCCCACCACACAACCAACACUCCCCACGACUACUCUGCCGCCGCUUCCAAGCUUGCCAACCAUGCCGACCACCUUGCCGCCCAUGCCAAGCAUCCCUACUUCUCUCCCUAAGAUUCCCUCUAUUCCUUUCCUCACUCCACCUCCAGCCACCAGCCCUUGA